CAUUGCAACUCCCACAUUUAAUAUGUCGAUCUAUCGAUUUAAUGCUUAAGAAUGAUGAUGAGAGGGUGCAAGCUUUAAAAUUGAUAAGAAAAAUGCUUGCAAUAUCUGCCGAAAAUAUCAGCCCGGUCUUGGUACGUUGUUUAGUGUCCCUGGCGGACACGGGCAUUGAAGAAAGUGAUAAUUUAUUAAGAGCAUGUUUGGCAACGCUUUGUGAGUUUGCUGUAUUAAAUCCAACGCUACUAAUAUGCUGUGGUGGUGUUACGUCAAUAACACGCAAUGUGUUGGAGUGCCAUAACCCACGUAUAGCUGAAAGUUUGAGCGGUGUUCUUUUGUAUUUGCUCGAAUGGCCUCAGACUCGCAACAUAUCAGGUGUACGUUUGGAUUGUCUGGCAGCCCCCUAUUGCGACUUCACAUACCGAUUGGGGAUUAUGGAUAAAAAUAAAGAUGCUCGCGAGUUACGUUAUACAAGUUGUCGACUAGCAUUGUUAUCCGUAUUACGCAGCUGGACAGGAACCAUUGAAUUCUGUGAUCCAAGUAAACCGUCUGGGUUAAAAGCAAUAGUUGACGCUUUGUAUUUAAAUCAAAUAGAAGUUAGAAAAGCAAUAUUAGAAUUGCUAUAUGAACUCUUAGGUCUUCCACAGCCAACAUGGACUGAAGACUACAUUGUGGCUUUACAGGCGGUAGAUCCGUCUGACUUCCAAGUCAACUGGCUUUUAAGUAACGGUUUCGUGGCCGCUGAGGGUCGAAGCAUUUUACCAAGUUUGGCAGCUCGAACUCCAAAUAUAUGUGAACAACACCUUGCUUUGCAGUUGUAUUGCUUUCUCGAGACUGGUCUUGUAAAUGCGCUAAUAGAGGUUAUUGUGUCAAGCGAAUCUACAGUAUCCGUUGCUGCCACUGUUUUAAUUGGAAAAAUAUUACAUUUAAUGCAUACACACCUUCCAGCCGAUAUAUGUAGUACUAUCCCCGCAUUGCCGAACCUAAUAUCACACGCAACCCAAGGAAAUCAACGAGCAAGCGCAGCUAUAUCAGCAUUGCAAUGUUACCAAAAGAUGCUAAGAAAUCGACCAGCCUCGAGUAGUUUGUUUUUAGAUAGUAUUAUUCAAGAAGGCUCUCUAAUACACACAAGACUUUUUAGACGUGAAAUAAAUGGCUUACCUUUGUCAUCCGGCUUGCAGUCGCCAACAGCAGCACAAGUUAACACUGGUGUAUCACAGUUACAGCCAAUGAGUGGUACAUUAGAAAGGCCACGUCUUGAUUCUGUUUCCUCGAGCGACGAAUCGAAUUCUCAGUCCUCUUCGACGAGAAGAUCAAGUUUCCGCUUAAAAUGUAAAUUGCUACCAUUUCUGGAAAAUAUUAAAGUGAAUCGUUUAAUUAAAGAAUCAAAUGUUUUAAACGCCAAGGAUGGCUCCGGCUGGGAUUGGGAAGUUAUAUCUACUAUAAUAAGGUGUAAUUUAAUAAGGAAAUUGGAAGAACCGAGUUUGCAGUUUUUGAAAAAUCUUAUCGGUUAUUUCAAACCGAGUCAUAAUCAUUUUUCUCACCAGGAACUAGUACAUGGUAAAUCUUUACCAGUUUAUGUAAAAGUUGGUUUAGAUUUUAUCGACUGGUUGCUGGCCAUAAGUCCUUUUGAGAGCAUUCGUUUGUUGACUGAUUUUUUUACGGAUGUAGCCACACAAUUGUUGGCUGUAACAACAUCGAAUCGUGCUCAUGAUUGUUUAUUUAGUCCCCAGCAUAUGAAUAAUACUAUGUGUCAACAGUAUUUUUUAUUUAUUGGACGUAUGUGUCGUUCUCAAAAGGGCAUCAGUAUUUUAACGAAUACAGCCGUAUUUGAACAGUAAGCUUUUUUACCUUGAUAUAAUACAUAUGCAUUAUGGUGGACACAAAAUUUGCUGAUGUUGACGACGAAAAUGAUAAUUUAUUUCGUUCUAAGGUACCAUUUCUCAAAAAAAUUUAUUUUUUUAUCAUAACGUCAAAUUAUACUAGCUUAAAGUCUUUU